GGCCUCCGCCGGGCCGGUCUGUCCUCCGAGCGCGGCGAGGCCGCUCGGUCCCUGCCGCGGGCGGGCGAGAGGGCGCCUCCGCUGAGCCGCCCGCCUGGCGGUGGCCAGAAGCAGAGCUGUAGCUGCGCUGCUGGGUCUGAGGAUGUGAGGCUGCUUCCGUCUCAGCCACGCGAAAGGAGAUGGAGGAGGAGAGCGCUCCGUUGCCAGCGGAGAGGCCGGGGGCUUCGGCGGCCGAUUCUCCAGCCAUCAGCCGGCGGAUAUCAGUCAGCGAGUUCUCUUGCCACUGCUGCUACGAUAUUCUCAUCCACCCCACCACCUUGAACUGCGGGCACAGCUUUUGUCGGCACUGCCUGGCAUUAUGGUGGAUGUCUUCCAAGAAGAACGAGUGCCCAGAGUGCAGGGAGAAGUGGGAAGGGUUCCCAAAGGUCAACAUCCUCCUCAGGAAUGCUGUUGAAAAGCUGUUCCCGGUCGCCGUCGAGCAGCGCAAGGACGACAUCCUGCAAAACCACGAGGCAACGCGGAGUCUUGCUGCUUUUCAGAAGUACGGGAGUGACCAGCCCGCAGCAGCCCCCAGUGCAGGCAGGAUGAAUGCUCCAGCAGGAGGCUUCUUCUCCGGUGUCCUCACUGCGUUGACUUGUGUGGCGGUGGUUUUGCUGGGCUAUCAUUGGAGUAGCCGGGAGUCAGAGGAUGAUCUCCUGGUCCACAAGCCAGUCACCAAAUGGACCGCAGAGGAGGUGGUUCAUUGGCUGGGACAGCUGGGACCAUGGACUGCCCUGUACAAGGAGAGGUUCUUGCAGGAGAGGGUGAAUGGAAGGCUGCUUCUGACGCUGACUGAUGAAGAAAUCGCAAAGGCUCCUUACCAGGUGGAGAACAGCAGCCACAGGAAAGCCAUUAUGAUGGAGCUUGAGAGGGUGAAGAUGCUGGGGGUUAAGCCACCACAAAACCUUUGGGAAUACAAAGCGGUGCAUCCUGGAAAGUCGCUGUUCCUGCUGUACGCCCUGAAAAGCUCCCCUCGGCUCACGAUGCUGUAUUUGUACCUGUCAGAUUACAGCAAUACCUUCCUGCCCUUCAUCCACACUGUCUGCCCAGUGCAGGAGGAAGAGGGGCUUGAAGAGGUUAUUGCAAAGCUGCACGACUACAAGGACCUGGUGUGGAAGCAGUGGCGGGAAUUCCUGGUGAAGUUUGCUUUCUUGCCAUAUCAGCUGAUUGCAGAGUUUGCUUGGGACUGGCUGGAGAUCCAUUACUGGACCUCCCGCUUCAUCAUUGUGAACGCCAUGCUGCUGUCCGUGCUGGAGCUCUUCUCCUUCUGGAGGCUGUGGUCGAGGCGGGAGCUGAAGAGAAUUCCUUACCGGAUGUGGAGCCAUUUCUGGAAAGUGUCAACCCAGGGAUUUCUGAUGGCCAUUUUCUGGCCAGUUAUUCCCCAGUUUGCCUGCAACUGCCUCUUUUACUGGGCUUUGUACUUCAACCCAAUCAUUAACAUUGACCUCGUAGUGAAGGAAGUCCGUUGGCUGGAAACCCAAGUCCUGUGAUGCGGACGGUCCUGGCUCUGGACUCGGCAUUGUGGACCGCGCCACCAUGUGGUGGCAGGAAUCUGUAGGCUUUCCUCUUUCUGCACUUCUGACUCAAGCUAAUCCCCCCCCCAGGUAAUUCGACCGUCUAGCUUUGCAGCUCUUCACACACACACACCUUUCUUUUCAGGAGGAAGACAUAGGGGAGGCACUUUUUCUUGGGGCUGAGAAGGCGUAAUCUCAGCAUAAUCAGAAAUCUCGCUUUGAGCUCACUGAAGCCGGGGGUUGUAAGCCAUGUUCAGUCUCAGUAAGCCUAACUAUGGUGCUUGACGAAAUGCCAUGUGGGUAUUUUUUGUUUUGGUCUUAGUGGUGGAAAGAGGCUUCCAUUGAAGCAGUGCCAGGCGGAAGAUACACCCUGCUCUUAAAAGGGGCUGCCGGUGUGGCUUGGCUCUCCCUGCGCUUCUAAGAGGUUUGAUGACAUUUCCCUGGCUUUCGGUAGUCGACUUGUCAGCCAUAAUCCUUUUUUUGAAAAAGGGUGCCUUGCAUGUAAAUAUGUGAAUUGCUUUCUGUGUGUGUCUGAAUGUUCCCUAUGUUGCCAUGCGUUAAAUUUCUGGUGAAACCAAGAUGGUCUAAAGGUGAUGUCCCUAUAAAUGAAAUUUGACUCUGCAUUUCUAUCAAUACGAUCUUUAAAUUUGCAUAGAACAUUUUUUACAAAUUAAAUAAUGUUUUUCUAAAAGUGAUAGUUAUUUUUUUCA